AAGGCCGGGGCGGACGCCGGGCCCCCAGCGGCGGCGGCCCCGCUGCUUUCGGUUUCGCUUCCCGCGGCGGGGAAGCAACAAGGCCGGUCCGUGGCCUGGCGGGACCCCAGCGUGCCCUGGGCUUGGUUCCUGCGGACGUGGCCGGCCGGGGUUUCUACCUUGAUGAAGGUAUACUGGUGAAGUGUUGACUUGAAAGCUGCUUUUAGGAUGUCUGAAGAUGACGAGAAAGUUAAACUGCGUCGAAUUGAACCUGCCAUUCAGAAAUUCAUUAAAGUGGCAAUUCCAACAGAUUUGGAAAGGUUAAGAAAACACCAAAUAAAUAUUGAGAAGUAUCAAAGAUGCAGGCUCUGGGAGAGAUUGCAUGAAGAGCACAUUAACGCAGGACGAACAGUUCAGCAACUCCGAGCCAACAUGAGAGAGAUGGAGAAACUCUGUUUGCGUGUCCGACAGGAAGACAUCCCAGUUCUGCAGAGAAUGAUAAAUCCAGUUAAAGAGGAAGCUUCAUUUGCCAUAAAAGACUUCCUGCAGCUCCAUUCUGAAUCUGCAAAAGAACUUAAAAAGCAACUUGAAGUACAGGAUGAUGCCUCUUUAACCAGAUCUGCAACUGUAGGAGGAGAAACUUUAUAUAACACGGAAGUGAAGGACGGCUCCCAAAGUUUAAUCCAGAUCUACUCCCCACUUCCCGAAAUACCUCAGGAGGAAAAUGCAGCCGAGUCCUGGGAAACCUUAGAAGAGGACUUGAUUCACCUUAGCCAGUUGGUGACUGAUUUUUCUCUCUUAGUCAGCUCUCAGCAGGAGAAGAUUGACAGGAUUGAAGACCAUGUCAACAGUGCUGCUGUGAAUGUUGAAGAGGGAACCAAAAACUUGGGGAAGGCUGCAAAAUACAAGCUGGCAGCUCUGCCUGUGGCAGGUGCAGUCAUUGGUGGAGUGGUGGGGGGUCCUAUUGGCCUCCUUGCAGGCUUCAAAGUGGCAGGAAUUGCAGCUGCACUUGGUGGUGGGAUUUUGGGUUUCACAGGUGGAAAAUUGAUACAAAGAAGAAAACAAAAAAUGAUUGCGCAGGUCUCUUCCAGCUGUCCAGAGCUUUCUCGCCAAAGUGCCAAAAAAUCCAGCUGAAGUACAGAUUCAUUUUGACUAGGAACAGAAGUGCAGCAGCCGUGCUAAUGACAGACUUGCAGCCUUAUGCUUUAAAUGUAAGGCUGAGUUAUGUGAAUUUUGACAACAGUACUGUUACUUGGGAGGGGUGAAACGGUAAUGUCAGAAUUUCUCUUUUCAGAUGUGAUAAGUGAUAUCAGUCCUUUGGAAAUUAUAUGGAUAACUUCUAAUUAUAAAAUCCUUAGGUGAGCUCUACGCACAGCUGUAAUGAUGGGUGACAGGUGCUCCAUGCCAAAUUCGCACAGUGUCUUGCAGGCAAUACAAAGAGGCAUUUGGAAAACCAUAGUGCUUUCCCAUGAAUGCCACCCAGAAGCCAGAGCUUUUAUUAUAGAGCUCCAAAGAAAAGGAGAUAAGCUGUACCUAUCUUUCCUGGUCAUAGUACUUUAAAUUUACUUUUCGUUCAUCUGGAUUCCCAAACCCCUCCUGUGUAUACCCCCAGGAUGUGACUCACUAUGCCGGUUCAGUAACACACAGGGAAGCGUUAGUUGCCAUAGGAAAAGGUUAAAAUGUUGGCUGAGCAAGGUGGAAAAAAGCCAUGUACAUCCCACGUCUGCCUCCAUCAGCCACAUGAGCUCAGCAUCAUAAUCAGCUUUUCCCUCCUUUUCAGGUAAUUUUCCCUUUUUUUUUUUUUUUAAUUUGUAAAUUCAUUGGCUUGUUUAAAGUGUAGUUAAGAAUUCAAGAGUCUAAGCAGCAACCCUGCAGGACUGCUACUGGAGAAUCUAAUUUUCCAUGGCUGUUCAACUCCUUGACUUGUCCUGAGAACACUGUACAGGAUGAAGUGACAAGCUCUGGCAUUCUGAGCCUGAAGCCUCAGCUUACUUAAGCAGUGCUUACUGCUAGUUGCUGCCCUUGCUUCUCAGCUCCUGUCACCAAUAGUGCUCGGUGGGAGAGCUAAAUAGCUUCCCUGGAAGGCGGUGCUGCAGCCAGGCUCACUCCCUCAGCAGUCUUUGUUAACCCUCAAGGGUGGCAUUAGGCACCAGGUCAAAGGACAGCGAAGCAGUGAGGCCCUUUAAAUGGUGCCAGUGUCUACUGACAGCCUCAGUCGCUGGGACUGCUUUGGGCAUGUCAACCCGGGACUGUUUACAGUAAGUAAACCACGCUCGGCUGGGUAACUGCACCCCUCCUGCAUGCUGCUCAGUUCUGAAGCUUCUGCUUCCACCUGCACCAUGGAACAGCUUCUCAGCCUUUUCCAGAUUUUGGGACACGAUGUGGAGCCUGUCUGGGAAGAGAUGCUGUUGGUGCUUUGCUAGCUUUUUAUAGCAGAUGCCUGUUAUUCUUGCCAUCCUUAUUUUGCUGCUUAAGAAGCCUUUUGCUUCUGAAACUUCCACUGUUAAAUAUGGGAGUGUUAGCAUGUUUUUAUUGUCACAUAAUUGUAUUGUUGUCCCAUAGUCUGCUGUUCAGCACCUGGUCCUGCCUCCAUCCUUCUAGGACAGUUCACACAUUAUUGCUGCUACUGUUCAGGGGAACAGAAGUCAAGGUUGGGAAGCUGCUUUUAAAAGUUUUUAAAUAGUUUGGUUCAUCCCAAGCUCCGCCUAAGUCCAGUUUUAUUAGGUGAACACUGAAGUCAGUGUUUAGUGAUAAGGCUCCCUAGCAGGGAACAAUGUAUUAUAGGAAAAGCUCCCUUAACCAGUACUUCGAUAUCAUCAUUAGAAGUAACUGUCUAUUAAUGACAGAUGAUAGUGUUUUGUGCCUAGAGCCAUUGUAAGCAACUGUUAGUUACAGCACAAGUAUCUUUUUCUGAAUAGUUCUUCCUUACUACUUUUAAAAUAUGAUUGAAGUUGCUAUCAGGGAGAGCGUUGUGUCUAUUUUAAGUAGGUCUGAGGCUCAGGGAAGAAUAGUUUUCACAAGUAACCAUGAACAUUGUCAAAAGUGCAUGUAUUAAAGCCACAGUGCCUACAUCUCUAAAAUCAGCUGGAGUGGAAAACAUGACCCAAGUAACUCAGCUCAUUUGCUCCUGUCAGGCAAAAAGUGCUUUUCUUUAAAUGCCUCUACUUUAAAUGUGCUUACAUCCAAUGAGCUUCUAACAACGUCAUAGUAAAAGGCCGUUCAUUCCUUUGAUAUGUGAUUUCUAUAUAUAAAGGAAGAAACUAAGAAAAAAAAAAGUGUUCUUAAUCAGGUGGUGUGGUUGAUUCUUUGUAUGAUUGUAAAAAGCUGUGUCUGCUUUCCUACUGUACACUUAAAUGCACAAGGUUUCUAAGUGACAGCAGCCACACCAGAGACACUGAGGGCUCCACCCUCUCCACCCAAGCUGGAUAUGCCACGACAAUCUAAUUUCAUAAAAGUGAAUUCCUGCCACAGCUUGUACAAACUCAGCGUGGUAUGCACUCAUUUUAUGAGAUGCCUAGUACAAAAACUAUUCUCCCUCCUUGUGUCUUUAAGGAAGCAAUUUCAAAACAUUGUGUAUACGCUACACUUGGGAAACUUAUUUAAACUAUGAUUUUUAAAAAUAGAUGUGUUAUUUACAUGUGAAGAAACAUGGGCAUCUGAGUAACCAAACUAGCAUUUAAAUUGCUAGGUAUGUUGGUCAGAAGAAAUGUAAGAUAUACAUAAUGCUUUCAGGCCAAAUAAAAGUUUUUGCCUAUGA